AUGAGAAUACCGCUACACCCUCAUUCUUUCCUCUCGAACGAUCUAAACGCAGAUACGGAGAAAAAGUGUUUUGAGAGGCCCCCAAGGCCGGGAACAAGUAUUGGAGUUGUUGGUGACAAAGAUCUAGGAGGUACAUUGGGAGGCUAUGUGCGAGUGAAAGGACCCCCUAAAAUCGGCGAUGACGGCAAUUCGUUGUCUCAGAAUUUUACCUAUGGCAUUACAAAUGCACAUGUGGCUUUAGGGAACCAUCCUUCAAUAUUGCGAGGACUUCUUGAGUCGCAGGAGGAACUGCCUCGCGCAAUAGGUAGGCUUGAAAUUCCUAUUCAGUCUCCUUUCGAAGAAGACCGUGUCGAACUUAUCAUGGAGUUGGAAUAUCUUGUGGAUCAUGCCCUUCAAUCUGACAUUGAACUAAAAUCUCUUGGGAGUGAGACGACCUUUGAAGAGGAGGGUACUACAGACCCAGAGCUCAGAAAGAAACAAAUCGAGAAAAAGGCGAAGGUUCAACAGCUCGUGGAUCGGAUCAACACGGUUCGCAAUCAGAACUCACAAUUGGGCUAUUUAAAAGCCGCCCCUUUGGGGUAG